CAUCACUCCUGCAUUCCUGCCAAUGUGCACUAUGCUUCCCGUGGCCUGACUGUAAACCAGGCCAGACUGCUGAGCUGUUUCUAUGGUGCUACAUCAGAGGCUUAAGAGUCACUGCACGCAGCCAAUCAGAUGGCUUGUGGGGGAACCGUGUGGGCUGUAGUAGCUAAGAGAGUGAGUUUGUGAACUUACUUUUGUUUGGUACAGAGAGGAUAACUUUCCUAGAAGAGCACAGGAGAAGAAAACUCAUAAUUUUCAAUGGAAUGACGAAUGGUUUCUGUUGGCUGCAGUCUCAGAGUGGACAUUGAGUCUUUGAAGCUACUGAGUUAAGUCACUUCCACUUGUAUUGUUAUAGACCACUUUCUUCAUGUUUUAUGGGUGGGAAGUGAGCAAACGACGAGGAAGACUUCACCCUGAAAACAGGCUCAGUGAGAAGUAGUUUUUGGCAUCUGCUCAGGACAGAACGAAAGUUGUUCUGAAAGCUGUAGGAAAAGAAAAUUCAGUUGGCAUGGCAGAUAAUGUUAUUGAGGAGACCGAUAACUACCCUGGCAAAGAUGAGCUGGACUGGGGCUAUGAAGAAGGUGUUGAAUGGGGUCUUCUGUUUCCUGAGGCAAACGGAGAGUACCAGUCCCCCAUAAACCUUAACUCUAGGGAGGCCUGGUAUGACCAGCGGCUCCUGGAGGUGGGGCUUAACCCCAACUAUGUAGUUUGCAGGGACUGUGAAGUCAUUAACGACGGUCAUACUGUGAGGAUCAUGCUCAAGUCCAAAUCAGUUGUGACUGGGGGUCCGCUCCCUAGUGAUCAUGAGUAUGAACUGAGCGAGGUGCGUUUCCACUGGGGGAAAGAGAACCAGAGGGGAUCUGAACACACUGUCAACUUCAAGGCUUUUCCUAUGGAGCUUCAUCUAAUCCACUGGAACUCUACAUUAUUCAACGGCGUGGAGGAGGCCAUGGGCAAGAAAAAAGGCAUUCUUAUCAUCGCCCUGUUUGUGCAGGUUGGGAAGGAACAUCUUGGGCUGAAGGCCAUCACAGACGUCCUGCAGGACCUGCAGUAUAAGGGAAAGACAAAAAUAAUUCCAUGUUUUAACCCCAACACAUUACUGCCUGAUCCUCUCUUAAGAGAUUACUGGGUGUAUGAGGGCUCUUUAACCACACCACCCUGUAGUGAGAACGUCACCUGGAUUCUUUACCGUUACCCCCUUACCAUCUCUCAGAUGCAGAUUGAGGAGUUUCGCCGUCUCAGGUCCCAUAUUAAAGGAGCAGAGCUUCCAGAAGGCAAUGACGGGAUGCUGGGGGACAACUUCAGACCCACCCAGCCCCUGAGUGACAGGGUGGUCAGGGCAGCCUUCCAGUAAAACCCCCACUGCAGGAUCCAUUUUAAUCAGCCAUGGAGAUUAGAAUGUUGAAGAACUAGAGAUGAAAGCUCUACAAUGUCCUGGCUAAAGUGAAAGUUUGAAAGUUCAUCACUUCCUGUAGAGUUGCUUGGGCAUUGUUUUGUAGUUAACCGUCUUGAGUAUGGCCCUGAUGUGUGCAAAAGCUGCUUUUACUGUUCAUUUAAAAACACAGUUAUACUGGAUUUCAUGUAAACAAGUGGAAGCUAGUGAGCAUGAAGAGAAGCCUGGUGAUAAGCUUGUAAAAGAGAAGGAGUAUAUUAACGCUUGAUGAAUAUUGUUAGAAUACUGCAAUUACGAAGUUUAACAAUAUGUAGCAUGAUUGCAGUCCUAUAAAUGUGGCUUUACAGGAAUAUCAUACUACACAGUAUAAUACACAUGACUGACAUGUAAUGUAGGCAGACCAGUUUCAUACACUGUUUGAUUAUUUCUGAUAUUCUGAUACAUAAUUUGACAUGAUCAGAAUCAGUUUAGUCAUAUCAGAAGGUAUAUAUACAUAUGUCUGUACAUUGAAUGCUUUUAAAUAUUAGCACUAAAAUAAAUGAAUGCUGUUGAAUGAACUGA